AUGUCGUCCCUUCUUCCCUUUCAACAGAGCGCGGACUUGGGGCGUAGUGCCGAAAAAGUGGGCGAAGACGCGACGGUGCUUGCCGCCUUUCUCUACAACACAGCGACGCUUGGCACCUACCGCAUCCAGGAGCACUCCCAUCAGAGGGCGAAGGAUGUGAUUGAACAGGGAAGAAGAAUCGGGCAAUUGAACGCGGAGAAGUACCGCCCGCUUAUGCAGGAUGUGCAGUUGGCGGCCCAAAUGUUGCAUGAAACAGUCGAGGGAGGACGUGACGCACUGCGGCGAAUGCAUCUCUCCGUCGGACGACUUUUCGUGGCUGUGCCGGAGACGGAGCAACGGCCACCCCCUGGGACGUCUCGCGGCGCAGAGCCUUGGCCCCCCCUAUAG